GGACAAUCCGAUGCUAGCUAAUAGCUAACGUUGCUAUCGACCGAGCUAACUCGUUAGCAACAUGCUAUGUCCCAGCCCUGUCUAGACUUUACACACAAAAUGUUUUGCUUGGUGCCAUGUUUAUCUGUGCAGGUUUGACAUGUUUUGAAUAAUGGCAGAUGUUACUAGAAAAGUGCAAGUUUGAGAUAAGUUGUUAGCCAAAACAAGAAUGAAGUGUCAAGUUGGGUAGACUCAUUAGUAAUGGUUUAUCGGUCCUUCAAAAUAAAACCACAGUCUCAACAGCGACUUUUAAGACAGCUAGAGAAAGAGCAGCAGAAACACUGUUUUACAUUUACAUUGUGCUGAAAGAACUGUCUCCAAACUUAAAAAUAGCAUUUGCUAAACACUGCAUUAGGGUAUGAAAUAAAAUGUAAAAAAACAUUAAAUAUACACAUUCACAUAUUUAAAGGGGUACAAAGGUCAUGGAUUUAGUCAAUGUUAAGUCAGGUAGGCUACAUGUAACAAUAUGCCAUAAGGGUGAAGUGUAGAAAGGUUUAUUUCCCAGCCAAACACUACUAAAUCAGAAUCAUAAUUUUGAUUUUGUAUAAGGUAGGUUUUCACAUACACAGCAUUUACUUUGGUAAAAUGUACAGUAAAAAUAAUGUCUAUUAAAACUCGUAUCAUACAACUAUUAUAAAAUCAAAAAUAUGUGUGAAUUCAAAGAUGCAGUGCAGUUAUAAACACUAAUGUAUUGCUUAUGUAUGAUUUUAAGUAAGGUUUUAGUAGUCAGAGCUGUUCAAUCUGCUCUUAUGAUAAUAUGAUCUGAGUCAAAGAGAUGUCAUUAUUAUCAGAGACCAACCAUAACACUUUUUAAAACGGAAUUUUGUAAGGAACCCACAAAUGAUUUUAUUGUGAAGGUUUAAUUGCACUACCUCCGCUCUUUACUUCACUCACACUUGCUAACUUUACUCAAGGCAGCGAGCAGCUAUCGAUGGGAGGCUGGAGCUCAGGGGAACCAGCCAGAGUUGACGGCGUUAGCUUAGCCAAUUUAGCUUUCUGCCAGCGAGUCAUCUGCUGUUGUGGGUUUGCCAGCAUGCUAAUAGGGGCCGUUUAACCGCAACACACUGCAGCAAGUCUCCUGUCUCUGUAGAGGUCCAGCUGACAGCCAUGCGACAGUGGUGUGUCCCCGCGGCGACCCCUCGCGCCGAGCCGCUCCCGGGGCGCGUGUCUGUGUCCCCCCCUCCACCAGAGGCCCGGAUGGAGUGCUGCGAGGUGGAGCCGCGCUACACCCUGGAGCAGAUCGACCUCCUGCAGCGCCUGCGUCUCUCCGGCAUGACCAAGCCUCAGAUCCUGCACGCGCUGGAGUCCCUGGAGAGGCUUGACUCGGACCACCGCCCGCCCUCAAACUGUGACUCCCAGCCCACCCCCUCCACUACCACCACCACCACCUCCACCAACAACAACAACAACAACCACCCCACCACCACAGCUGCUCCGGCCCCUUCCUCUUCCUCGUCUUCCGCCUCCUCGCUGUCCCUCGCCUCGGCCACCACGCAGACCUCCGGGCUGGACGGAGCAGCGUUGUCCCCCAGUAACAGCUACGAGGCCUCCCCCCCACCUCUCUACCCCCCCAGUGUGGCGGUGCAACGCUCGUUCAGCUACGACAUGAUGGGCGAGGAGGAGUGGGACCUGGAAGAGAAGGUGGAAGAGUACAUGAGGAGAGACAGCAACCUGGUGAAGGAGGAGAUCAAGACGUUCCUCAACAACCGCAGGAUCUCUCAGGCCAUCGUGGGCCAGGUGACAGGCAUCAGCCAAAGCUACAUCUCCCAGUGGCUGCUGCAGCAGGGCCUGGAGAUGAGCGACUCCAAACGCAGAGCCUUCUACCGCUGGUACCUGCUGGAGAGGAACAACCCAGGGCUGAGGUGGAGUGAAAGCCAGCACAGCGUGAGUCCCAUGUCCAGGACCAGGGGGGGGGACAGAGAUGGGACGGUAGCAGGGGCAAGUGGCAGCCUCCCCAACCCCAACACCAACCUCAACCCCAACCCCCCCCCCGUGUGGAGCAGGCAGAGAGAGCUGCUGAUGCACCUGCUGCCGUGGUACACUGCUGCCGCCGCCGCCGCCGCCCAAUCACAGACAGGGGCCACCUUAUCGAUGCGGUCCCUGGUGAAGGAGGAGCCUGAUUGGAGGACGGGGAUGAUGUCAGGAGACAGAGGCAUGGCGGGGGGGCCGCUGAGGCUGCGCAGAGGAAGCAGGUUCACCUGGAGGAAGGAGUGCCAGUCCAUCAUGGAGAGUUUCUUCAUGGAGAACCAGUACCCGGAUGAGUCGAAGAGAGAAGAGAUAGCCAACGCCUGCAACUCUGUCAUCCAGAAACCAGGCUGCAAGAUUUCUGAGUUUGAGCGUGUGACUGCGCUGAAAGUGUACAACUGGUUUGCAAACCGUCGGAAGGAGAUGAAGAGAAGAGCGAACAUCGAAGCUGCCAUUUUGGAAAGCCAUGGAAUUGAGGUGCCAAGUCCCAGCUGCCACUCCAACGGUGAGGAGGGAGAGAUGCAGGAGUUCAGCGAUCAGGAAGAGGCCCCCUCCCACAGGAUGGUUGACCAACAGGACCCCUCCUCAUUGGCUCCUGCAGAGGUCACCGCCCUGCCGAGCCCCCCCGCUCAGGUUCUGGAUCUGAAAGAGGAGGAUUCAAAAAGGGAGACUGUGGACGAAGAGUGACCAGAAGCUGAUCGUCACAUUUUAAUCGGAUGAAAUAGGAAAACUAUAAGUGUCUCCUCCUCCUCACAUGUAGGGCCUUUGGGGGGCUUUGGCACCCAAUAAAUGAAAGGGAGAAGGGGGCUCCUGAUGGUAAGGAGGCCACUGUAUUUAUCAACAGUAAUCCUGCUUAUAUUAAUGGCAAUAUACAGUAUAUAUAUAUCCAUAUAUAGUGCAUUCCAAGAUGGUAUUAAAAUUCCUUAGAGGGAGAAUUAUGUAAAGGAUACCUCGCCCAUUUUAAGCUUUUCUUUCUCUCGCUACAUGCCUUCUUUUUGCCUUUUCACAGAGUGGUUGUUUGGACUGUGGUGAGAGUGCUGAGCCUGCAGGUCAGGUGUGUGUUGCUGUGGGGAGAGAGUUAGUUUACUUCUAGUUUAUGGUGAUUUGAACGCCCUCUGCUUGCUUGAACGUCUUUGACCCCCGCCUCAAUCAGUCGAUUUGAUCCAAUCAGUCGAUAACGUGCUGUUGCUAUCAAGUCAGAAAAGCCCUGAGGGAAAACUGGAAUCUCAGGUAAAUCCCAAAAGAGACGGUGGAUCAAGACAGUGAAGAAUUGUCUAAAAACACGCUUUAAUUUCUUCAUCUUAACCAAACAGGAUGUGUUAUUUAUACCUUUUUAUAUUAGCAGAACAGGACAAUACAUCGUAGUCUCUCUUUUAUCUUCUUUGUUAUACUGGAUGCUGCUGUUCGCUCUUUUCUUUUGUAUUAUAAUCCUCCACUCAGCCAGUGAAGCUAGACUACACUCAUAAGUCUACUCAGAUAGUUUUUUAUUUUUACGUUGGAAAGAACGCUAAAACAAAUGUGAUCAAAAACAUAAUGCUACAUGCUAAAAGCACCUUCUGUUUGACUGGAAUAAGCUAAAGCUUAAGCUCCUGUAAGUUUGUAUGACUGCGAAGCUGCACUUCAAAGUGGAUCUCACUAUAAUGGAAAGAGGGAAGCAGACUGAACCUGGGCCUAGAGAUGUACAUAAACAAGCCGGAGGAUAUACACGUCUAUGGGUGCUCUCCUUCACAUUAGCACUAUAUAGUUAUUUGUCAAACUUGAAUAGCUGACUUGCGUAGUCCCCUGUAUUUACGGGCCAAAGGCCUCGGGGGUUACUCCCUAAAUGUUCAUGAAAUGGACGACGACGCUUGUUCUUUACCGUGUUACCUCCUAAUGCCAAAGCUAUGCCAAGGUAGAGAUGAGCUCCUGAUACGACUAUAGAUAAACAGUACAUACAUAUGUUUAUUUGCUCAGUACAACACUAGCCAACUCUAGCUUACCUCAGAAUAUCUCUUUGUCAUGAAUGUGACUGUUUAUGAGACGGACAGUGUUAUGUAGCAUAUAUGUCGGGGGGGGGGGGGGGGGGGGGUAGCCCUGUAUCUCUAACAUGUACUCACCUCAGACGGUCCAGUCGUCUCGCUGGAUCUGAUUAUUACGCUCCUCUCUAUCUGCUUUAUCUGACAGAAAAACAAUAACAGUAAUAAAAUUGUAAACAAUG